CCGUAGCCAGGGCUCUCCGCCAUCCCCCACCUGUACGAGGGUUGGGUCCUACUUGACCAGUGCUCAGCAUCCCAUCCCUGCUGAUUGGGGUCACCGCGCUAACAUUCAGGCCUGGGAUCAGGAGGCCUGGAGCGUCCGCAAAACGCGCUGGGGUAGCCGGGCCGAGAGCUGCAGGCCGUGUUCCCAGGGUCCCCCGACUCCUAGACGCCUUUCUAGGCCCAGGGAAGCCAGGCGACUGGGAGGCACGGGACGGGCGGGGGGGACGACGCUGGAUCGGGGCACGCGCGACGCGUGGUCAGGCUGAGCAAUGGCAUUUCAAAAGGCAGUGAAACGGACUGUUCUUGUGUGCGGAGGAGCUCUGGCCACUGUUUUGGGACUCUCUCAGUGUUCUCAUUAUAGAAGGAAGCAAGUGAACCUGGCUUGUUUGAAAGCAGCAGGGUGCCACACAGAGCCUGUGAACAGGGAACCUCCUUCCAGAGAAGCUCAGCUCCUGACUUUGCAGAACACAUCGGAAUUUGACAUCCUUGUUAUUGGGGGAGGGGCCACAGGAAGCGGCUGUGCGCUAGAUGCUGUCACCAGAGGACUAAAAACAGCCCUUGUAGAGAGAGAUGACUUCUCAUCGGGGACCAGCAGCAGAAGUACUAAAUUGAUCCAUGGUGGUGUGCGAUAUCUCCAGAAGGCUAUCAUGAAGUUGGAUGUUGAGCAGUAUAGGAUGGUGAAAGAAGCCCUCCACGAACGUGCCAACUUACUAGAAAUCGCUCCCCAUUUAUCAGCUCCGUUGCCUAUAAUGCUUCCAAUUUACAAGUGGUGGCAGUUACCUUAUUACUGGGUGGGAAUCAAGCUGUAUGAUCUGGUUGCAGGAAGUAAUUGCCUGAAGAGCAGUUAUGUCCUCAGCAAAUCCAGAGCCCUCGAGCAUUUCCCCAUGCUCCAGAAGGACAAGCUGGUAGGAGCCAUUGUCUACUAUGAUGGACAACACAACGACGCACGGAUGAACCUCGCCAUCGCCCUCACUGCUGCCAGGUAUGGGGCUGCCACAGCCAAUUACAUGGAGGUGGUAAGCUUGCUCAAGAAGACAGACCCCGAAACGGGGAAAGAGCGUGUGAGUGGUGCCCGGUGCAAGGAUGUCCUCACAGGGCUGGAGUUUGAUGUGAGAGCCAAAUGUGUUAUCAAUGCCACCGGGCCUUUCACAGACUCCGUGCGCAAAAUGGACGAUAACAAAGCUCCUGCCAUCUGCCAGCCUAGCGCAGGCGUCCACAUUGUGAUGCCUGGGUACUACAGCCCUGAGAGCAUGGGACUUCUUGAUCCUGCGACCAGUGAUGGGAGAGUUAUUUUCUUCUUGCCUUGGGAGAAUAUGACUAUUGCUGGCACUACUGACUCGCCAACAAAAAUCACACACCAUCCUAUUCCUUCGGAAGAAGACAUUAACUUCAUCUUGAACGAAGUGCGGAACUACCUGAGCUGUGAUGUCGAAGUGAGAAGAGGGGAUGUCCUAGCAGCAUGGAGCGGUAUUCGUCCCCUUGUUAUCGACCCCAAGUCUGCAGACACUCAGUCUAUCUCCCGAAAUCAUGUUGUUGAUGUCAGUGAGAGUGGCCUCAUCACAAUAGCAGGUGGGAAGUGGACGACGUAUCGCUCUAUGGCAGAAGACACAGUGGACACAGCUAUCAAGGUUCACAACUUGAAAGCAGGACCGUGUAGGACAGUGGGGCUGUUCCUUCAAGGAGGCAAAGAUUGGAGCCCCACACUCUACAUCAGGCUUGUCCAGGACUACGGGCUUGAGAGCGAGGUGGCACAGCAUCUUGCCACCACCUAUGGUGACAAGGCUUUCGAGGUGGCCAAAAUGGCAAAAGUGACUGGAAAACGGUGGCCUAUUGUUGGAGUGCGUCUUGUGUCAGAGUUUCCGUACAUCGAAGCAGAGGUGAAAUAUGGAAUUAAGGAAUAUGCCUGCACCGCAGUUGACAUGAUUUCACGUCGCACCCGCCUGGCCUUUCUCAAUGUCCAGGCUGCAGAAGAAGCCCUGCCCAGGAUUGUUGAAUUAAUGGGCAGAGAACUGGACUGGAGUGAAAUUAGGAAACAGGCAGAACUUGAGACGGCCACAAAGUUUCUGUAUUAUGAAAUGGGCUCUAAAUCUCGCUCAGAACAACUCACAGACCGUACUGAAAUCAGCCUGAGACCUUCAGACAUUGAAAGGUACACGAAGAGAUUUCAUAAGUUUGAUGCAGAUGAGAAGGGCUUUAUUACCAUUGUUGAUGUUCAGCGUGUACUAGAGAAUAUCAAUGUGAAAAUAGAUGAAAACACACUACAUGAAAUUCUCAGCGAAGUAGAUUUGAACAAAAAUGGACAAGUUGAACUCAAUGAAUUUCUGCAGCUGAUGAGUGCGAUUCAGAAGGGAAGGGUGUCUGGAAGCCGGCUUGCCAUCCUGAUGAAAACUGCCGAAGAGAACUUGGACCGAAGAGUUCCAAUUCCUGUGGAUCGUAGUGGUGGAGGAUUGUGAGUCUGACCAGUAAAUCCACAGCCAACAAGCAUAGGACCCCCGGCACCAUGUACCAACCAGAGUUGACUUAAAUCACUCUAAAAUAGUGGCUAUGGUAGUGUGUUUUAAAAAAGAAAGAAAGAAAGAAAGAAAGAAAAAUCACUGGAAAACAUUCCAAAACAAGAUGUUGACAUAUUUGCCAGCUUAAUUUGCCAAUCCUUUAUUUGUAGUUGCCAUUCAGUCUAUCUAGCUUCUAAAAAGUGUUUUUCUCAUUUUUUUUAGUGCGUAUUGAUUACUGUUUUGUAUCCAUUUUGUAACCUGUCAGACUUGACACCCUGUCUUUCCAGUCAUUCAUUCAAAUCAUCUUGAGAGGCAGACCCGGCAAGAUUGGAAAGAGGCUAGAAAGCAUGGGCACCCAGAGCCCCAGAGCUUGAACUUGUAGAUAGCAUUAUUGUUUUCUUCUUGGAAAGGUGCUUGACCUAUUGACAUGAUCAAGGUUUAGGAGACAUCCCAGCUCUUUCUUUCUACCGCCCCUUCCAAAUAAUAAUAACUGCACAUUUUCCUGCCUAGAGUAACACUGGUUAAUCUGGAGAGGGGAGACAAAGUUAAGAUCUGGUUGAGAUUUGGUUACAUUUCUAAAAGAAAAACUCUGAAAGCUUCCAGAAUCACAGGAGUAAGAUAAAGACAGCAUUGACAUUUGCCGGAGGUACAGUGAUAGUUGCUUCUCAACAGUUCAUUUUUUUUUCCCCAGGCACUGCUGGCUUUCUUUGACUAUUAUAGUUGCCAGAAAAAUCCUUGCUUUUUUUACUUUAAAACCAGCAUUUGAGUGGCAAGUUGGAUAUAAUGGGAUGAGACCAAAUCUUUCCAUCCCUUAUGGGAGUAAUGAUAAAACACAAUUUUCAAUCCCACCAGUCCUGAAUCUUGCAGUGUGUGGUGUUAUCAGGCCCAUUCUUGUUGGGGGUGGGCAGUAGUGGUGGUAUUUGCAAAGAGAUAAUAAAACAGAAUUGGGCAGGCUUUAGUUAACUUUAAUUAUAAAAUUAAAAUAAAGCAUGCCACUUUAAUACCCAAGGACAGUCUGCUUGCCAAAAGCCUUUCUCUUUGUUUACUCAAUGGGAAAAUUCCAUUCUACCAAAAAUAAAAAAUAAAAUAAAAUAAAUCAAAGAAAGACACCACACACACACACACCCCAAAACUAAAUGUGCAUUGAACUCAGCAUACAGUGCACCCAGGUGAGGAGUGAGUGUGCGGGGAUUGCCUGUUAUUAUGGCUUGUAUCCCCCUGGUUCUCUUAGGACUGGGCUUAGAGAUGCCAGUCGGAAGAUGUUUCUGUUAUAUUCUGUUGUCAUUAUAAUAUUUAUUAAUUGCACUCCCUUUUCUGAAGCUGUCAGCGAUUGGUUUUCUGUGCAUCAUCGAAAAAGUAGCCCUUCCUCCUUCUCUCCUGGCAGGCUUUGCGGCAGACUGUGUCCUAGCUUUGUGAACUGAUACCAAAAGCACCUUUGUGCUGCCGUUUCUGCUUAUGCCAACACUAUGUCUUUUUGCCUCAUUGAGGAUGGGUUAUGAGUCUGCAUGUCAUAAUAUAAACUGGAAAAUUCACUUACCGAAGCUCCCCACCCCCUAGUGUGCAGAAACUGUGAAGUUUAGAUACUUCCACUUCUGCAGGGUCACCUGACACACGGAAGUGAUGCCACAAUGGGUGUCACUGAAAAUUUCUUUCGAAGUGUGAAUAUUUUUUACACCGUUCUUCAUUAUUGCUAUUUUUAAUGAAUGGAAGCACAUGGCUUUGCAAUUGAAUGUUUUUCUAUCAUGACAAUAAAGUUGACUUUCUACCUAGUGACAGUUAAGUUGCCAGAAACACUGUCCUUUAAGAUAUCCCAAAUGAUAUAUCACAAUAUUCUACAUCUGUACUCUCUCCUCUUUCUUUUUCUCUUUUUCUUUCCAGUUAGAUGAAGAUAACAAUGGCUUGUAUCACCCCCGGUUCUCUUAGGGUAGGGACUGGGCUAAGAGUGUGACUCGCUCAGGCCAAUCUGUGUUUGGAAGCAGGUCUUGUUUGUUCAUGCUUUGCUAUGAAUGAAGUUCCUUUAAGGACAAAGAGAAGCACACUUUUUUUUUUCAUUUGAGCAUAUCUGCUUUGGCUUAAAAAUCUGCUCGCUCUAAGACACGCUCCUUCACCAACCCCACAGACUCCCUUGGGAAAUGAACUGCUUUCAUGACAUUCCUUGCACCCCAGCAUUUUCCUGUGAGGUCCUCACGAAACCUGGACAGCCUGUUUUUUACAAUCCAAUUUAAGCAAAGGAGGAAGGGAAUAGGGGAGCAAGCCCCUUUAAAAGUCACUCAGAGAAUAAAACAUUUUUUCCUUUUCAUAUAACCCUGGUGUUUGUUGACUCUGUUGAGGUGUGGGAGUGAUUGUGCGGGGAUUGCCUUUUAUUAUCAAGUGAUUUACUUCAAGAGCCUCUGAGGGGAUUCAGGUGAAGGAAUCGCAUCUGUGCUGGAGGGCUGUAUACUCCUUUAACUAGCCUCUGCCUCAGUCGUAAUAACAGUGAUAAUGCUGGAUUUCCUGUUUAGCUAAGGUUGUCUGCCUCAUAUCCAUCACGCUUCAUAUUCUUGCGUCCAAUCUGUUUAUAUUGAGGGGAUCUUCAGAUUUCUGUUAUCAAGUGCAUGCUUUGUAUUCUGCCUUAUUUUAUGGCUUGAUUUUUUUUAUCUGUUUCAAAGUAUGUACAACAAAAAUGUUCAUUCUGAUUUUAACAGAGUUCAGCAUAGGGAUUGUCACUGAUUGUUCCUCUUCCCCUCUUUUUUAUGCAUUUGUAAAAAGGUCUUUUGCAUAUGAAUGUAAUCACAUAUUGAUGUCACUGAUGCUGUAAACUCGCACUGCUUUUUACUCUAGGGAGGAAAAAAGCCCUACUAUGUUUUAAAAGGAUAUCAAAUCUUAGUCCAGUAGUGGAGUGGAAGUACUCACUCACUGCAUGCUUUCAUGCUGCCAGACUUCUAUGUAUUGUGUUUGGGUUACCCUUCUAGACUGCACUGUUAAAUGCUCUGUUUGAGGCUGGCUUGUCAGUUUUAAACUGUCUCGGUAUUUUAUCACCAUUAUUUAUUACUUUUGAUAUACAGAAUGAGCUGCAUGCAUUUAUAGAGCAAUAAGAAGAUGUAUUUAAUGUGCCUUGUUUUUAACUGAGUAAGAGCCAAAAGCAUGAAUCAAUAAAGCUGAUUAAAAUGGUC